AUGCCUUUCAUCUCCCUGCAGCAGGUAGGCAGCAAGCUAUUGUUGCCCUGGAUUUUGCAGGGGGUGGCUGCUAGUGAGCGGGAAUGUCCUGUUGAGGCAGAGGCCAGGCCUCCAGAGUGGCACCGUGUGGGACUCAGAUCACAGCUUCUGCCUUCAAAGGAGCUACAAAUCCAAAAGCAGGGGAAGGGGGAGAAGGGCCAGGGACAGUCAGCCUACCAACCCUCACCCGGUGCCCAAUGGAAGCCACGGGUCCUCCAUGGGAAUGCAUGGCCAUCCUUGUUUCUGCCUCCUCCUCGGCCUCCCGGGAGAAUGGAAGGCUGGCUUCCUGCUCUUAACUGA